AUGGCAACGCAUCUGGGACGAAUCCAGGUCGCCGGCGGACCUUCACCCCAUUCCCUGGGGCAGUGGCUGCUCACUGUUAUGCACCGAUCGCAGUGCAAUGGCGGUACGGUGAUGGCGGAUGGCGGGGCGGGCGCGGGCGCGGUGGCGGGCGGCGCGGGCGCGGGCGCUGACGCGGAGGCGGGCGAGUCGGCGCGCGCGGCGCGGCGCUCGAGCGAGCCUACGUGCACGACGUGCUGUGGCAACGGCAAAUACCUGAACGUGAAUCCGUCCGUGUUCUGCGUGGGCGGAGACAGAUGCACUAGGCUUGCCUCGCACGCCAGGCAACACAGCAAUGAGGUGGUAGUAUGCGAUAACCUGUGCCUACCCUUCCGCGACGAGUCAUUCGACGCUGUGCUAUCCAUCGCGGUGGUACAUCACUUCGCGACGGUGGAGCGGCGUGCGAUGGCCCUGCGGGAGCUCGCCAGGGUCACCAGGAUCGGCGGGAGGCUGUUGCUCACCGUGUGGGCCAUGGAGCACGAGGGACGAAACUUUCACUCACAAGACGUACUGAUACCCUGGCAUCGACCAGCGACAUUAUGUCCACCAACGCCAGCUCCCAGAUUUCUUUCAGUCGACAACGAUCAUUCACAUUACUCAUACGAAGUUAUUGUCAACAGCGCUGAGCCGUGGAAAAGCCGUGAAGGAUCACCAGGUUCGUCAUCACUCUCGUCUCCCAACGAAACCUGUUAUUCAUUUGUAAGACGAGCACUUCAACGGUUGGCAGGUCGACGGUCCUUCCUACCCUCGUGGAGUUUAGGCCCCAGGGUACCAUCACGGUCCUGCUCACGGCCCGAACCAGCAGCAGCCGACCUCCCAAUCGAACUGCGACGGCUAGACGAGGCAGUUCCACCUCGGUUGGUCACCCAACCAUCUGAAUCAUCGACAAUGAAGUCACGAAGCUUAACUGACAUCGUAGACAUAGAGCGACAUGCUCUAGUCAGGUCCCGAUCAAGUCUACCAAGUCUCGGUGGAGAUGAAUCAUCACCACCACCUCAAGAACCAGCUGCACCUGAAAACACAGAACCGCGUAAAAAACCUCGACUUGUUAAACAGAAAAAGUCUAUAAACGAGGACGACGCUGAAGAAGAUCUCGAUAAACCAACAGAUAUGAAGAGUAUGGUUGAAGAGAUGCCUAACUUUAAAAUACACACUCACAGACUACAAUCAAAAAAGCCUGGCGUAUUUAAACAGACGUCGCUCAACGAAGAGCUGAUGUCUGUAGAAAGAUUAAGGGAAAAAGAGCGCUUAAGGAAAAACAUACAAAAACAAGCCUCACUUAACGAGGAAUACUUAUAUCGACGACAGGGCGCAUUAGAUUCCAUUCGCGACUCAAUAUUUUCCACUUCAGCCACCACCGCAAAGAAGUUCCAAUCCCUGAAAAACGGCCUCACUAGUAAGUUUAAAACGUCUACAACGAAUAUUGAUAAAGUUACUGUGUUCGUGAGAAUGCUUCAGGGUUGGAAGAAUCACGGGCCGGUUCCUGAAGUUCCCACGCCGAGCGAUACUCCUGUCACAAAUGAAAAACCGUAUCCUGAGAGGCGACAUUCAAAAGAAGAUGGAUCAGAUUCUUCGAAAGACAGCAGCCUUCAAAGCGAUACGAGUGUAGAUUCUGAAGACAGUUUCGCGUCUGUUAUUUAUGUGCCUAAAGCGGAUGGAUCGGGAGAUCCGUUGUCACCAACCCCACUUUCUCCAGGACCAACAUCACCUAGAUUAAAAGUUUCAUCAGUUCCAACUUCGCCAAGAAUGAAAAGUUCGCCGGGUCUACCAUCUCCGAGGAUAAAACAAGCAUUUCCAUUAAUCCGGCCUCCUGCAUCACCUAACGCAGUACCAACACCAGCUACUGUUAAUAAGAUACUUGUAGCUCAAUAUAGUUUGAAGAACUACUCUACUUCAAGCUCAGUUGUUGCUGCACCGCUGAAGCCACAAUCGAAAAGUCAACCAAAUUCUCCGCCAAAAUCGGAAUCAGAUGACAAAAUUCUUAAGCCUGAGCCACCGCCGAUAAUAAACACAAACAUGCCUGUUGAGGUAUUCGAAGAGGUUGAUCCAAUACCACCCAUCAAGGAAGAAGAAGAAACAUCCACAGAAGUGACUAAAGAACUGAUCGCCGAAAUCAAUAAAGACAUUGAGGAAAUACAUAAACUGACAGCUGAAACUAAUCAAUUAAAACCACGUGUGGUGUUGCAAGACGUCAAACCUUACCCGAAAAUAACAUUACAAACAGUGGCAGAAUUACCUGAAAUACCACAAUUUAAACCCAAAGAGCCGAAUAAGUCAGCUGCAACUGACGCCUUGGACUCUAGAGCUGCAGAACGAAAACGUAAAGAGAGGAUACGACAAAUAAAAGAAAUGUUAAACAGCGGCGGCAUACCGGCUAUAAACUUGAGUAGAAGGCAACCAUUCCCAAUAGUGCGCAGUACAAACAAAGCGGAACCGAUCGCUAAAAGUCGUCCAACAUUGAUGACUUUAGAGUUGUUCAACCCAGCCACCGAUGACAUGGACAGCGAUUCGAGCGGCGUAUCAUCGCCAGACUCCGUCGAUAGUGUCAUUAGUGUAGUACCUGAAGAAGUGCGGAAAACAGCCUUAGAAAAGUCGCGUUCAACUUCUCCAGCUCCUCAAAGUUUAAUAGAAGCCGCUGCAGAAGUAGCAAACACUUUAGAAGAAGCAUGUGAAACCGUCAUACAAUCAAGUCCAAGAGCUAAAAGGAAACAACUUGAAAAAAUAGAAAGUUCUGAAGCUAUGGCCAUCAUACAAGGAACUUCUAGUAGUAGCAGUAGUAGCAAUUGGAGCCUCAACAAACUGUCACCUGGAGAUUUGAGGAUAUUAGAAGAUAGAUCUAGCACUGGAUCCGAAAAAUCAAUUUCAAAGUCAGAAAGCUUCAAUAGGAUAAUUGCAAACGAACCGCUGGUGACAUGCAAGUCAGAUAUGCUAGCCAAAGAAGAAGAAUGGGUUCAGGAUCAAGACAAGAAUCAUCAGUUAACGGAGUUCGCUGAGAAACUCAGCGAAAAACUGUUACAGGAAAUUGACCAGUAUUCUAAACGUAUUAAUGAAGAGGAUUUCGACCUGCCAAGCAGUAGCAGCAGUGAAAAGAGCAUUUCUCUAAGACUCAAACGGGAAGAAGAAGACAGAAAUACGCAAAAAAUCUUAGACGAACUCUCGGAUAGCUUGCAGCAUUUAGAAGAUCCUUAUAUCAACAAAAUCAACACAGAAAUGCAAGGGUUAAGUAAACUUAGUGCCGAAAUACAAGAGAGGAGCAAAAUAAUCGCAUCGCUAAAUGAUUCACAAGAGACUGAUAUCAGCAAACUGUUUCCUAAAUGCAGCACCAAAGUGAAAAGCAGAAAACGAUCGAAGGACGUCGACCCCAUAAUAAACAAAUACAGGGAACUAAAAAGAACGAUGAAAGUCACUAGUGAUGAGGAUAUAUACCUGAAUAAUUGUGCCAACAUCCAAUACACAGUGAAACCAGUUACUGAAGAAAAGUUACCCGACGUUGAAACUAAGAACCCAGAUGAUGACAGCGCCAUAUCGUCUAGCAACGGCAAUCCAGAAAUUACAAUUGAUUCUGGAGCUUACGAUACGAGUCAAUCAUUAGAAACAGGAUACUCAUUGGAAUCAGAAAUCAGUGUCGAUUCCCUUUGCACAAGCACGGACAAGAGGUCUUCGCUGAAAGUGGGACAGUCGACAGAUUCCAGCGACUUAGACAAAAUGGAAAUAAGUCCUGAAUCCGUCACCUCACGAUCCAGUACGAGUACGGCGCCUCUAAAAUCAGGAUUCUCUAUUGAAUCCAGCGAUACUUCUGCAGGAAGUGACUGGAGUCGCCGCGACAAGACGGGCAGUACAGCGUCUCUUGGCUGCGCGAGUAUAGCAUCACUUCCUUCGUGCAGCGAAUGUUCCAAAGAGAGGAAGUUAUUGGAGACCAGGUCUUCUUCGGAAGACACGGCUACUGUGCCGGUCCCGACCGCCAGGCCUCUGCCCCACGCGCCGCUCCUGCCAUCCCUGAGCGACGGCUCCGACAGCCUGCCCUCAGAAGGUGGCGCGGUCACCUACCACCGAUACUACCACGUCUUCAAACGGGGAGAGCUCGACCAACUCAGAAAGUACGUGGAGAGCCUCCACGUGGUGUCCUCGUACUACGACCAGGCGAGUUGGUGCGUCGUCGCGGAAAAAGUACAAGUGUGGACCAUAUAAUGUGUUUAUGUGCAUUCUUUGUCUUUGCUAAAGUUUCAGGUUCGCUGCUGGUACUUAGGGGCUGAGGGUAUUGUUACGUCUGAUCUCAUAUUCUUACGACACAGUGACACUACCGAAACAGACACUACGUGCAGUGAUUACAUCCAAGUGACCUUCUUGACGUACUCUUAAUGAGCCAGUGUUAAGGACAUUUACAAACUGAUCUUAUAUGAGGUGUUAGCCAUACGCGAAUAUGCCAAAAGCAAAGCUUUUGUUUUUUUAAUAUAUUCUUAGUCAUUAUACUACAUAUUUUACUAGUUGUUAUCUCUAUAAUAAUCUUAAAUAAUCUUUGUCCGCGGCGGAUCGCGGUCGGGGUGGCUCGUGCCGCUAGUACAGUGGUACUGUGUGGAUUGUCAUUGGGACGGAAGCGGCUGCGGUCCGCGGGCGCGUUAGUAUUCGAUGCGAGAUAUUAGUACUCGCAUGAAAUGAAAACUAAGAGCUUUAAAUAGUGAAAAAAAUAAAAAUAUUAUAUAUUAUAUACUUCAAUGGCUCAAUAUUAUAUAAGCUACUCAUAGCUUAUUACUCUACCAUUCAUGUAUACCUACAGAUAAUGUUACUCUUACAUAUUCGGUAUAACGUAUGUAUUCAUACCAUAUUCCAAGACCAAAAUAAUUAGAUAUUAUUGGGGCCAAUUCCAGAGCCGUCAACCUGUAUACAUAGAUCGAGUAUACGUACCUAAACAUUUAGACAACUCUUUUGCGAGCGACUUUAGAACUGGCCUUUUAAAAAUUAUAAAUUAAUGUAAUAUAUUCUAUGACAAUAACAAGGAUAUAGCAAUGAUGUCAUCAAAUUUGUUUUCUAUGAAGUUGUGGAAGUGGUGAGGAUGGAUGCAAGAGUACUAAGUCAGAUUUAAGGGUGCUUGACCGCUAAAGAACUGAAUUAACCAAAAGGUUUACAAAUAUACGUCACGUGGAUCCACAUUGGUUGAUGUUUCUUAACUCUACUUUAAUGGCCAGACACCCUAACCUCUAUGGUAAUCCUAUAAUAUUUAAUCAAGUGUAGGUAGCCAAGGAGU